AGCUUUGAGACAUUUUGCCCACCUGGCACGCGUCAGCCAGCAAGCGCGCAAUGCCACGUCACCAUGACAUCGCCCCUGCGUACUAUUAGUCAUGACCACAUGGUCCCCCGCUGCUGCCGGGAUUUCCGCCGCAAGGGCCGCCGUCUUUCUCGGCCUGGUCCUCCUCCUUUCCUCCGCGCAUCCGGCGCAGUCGGAGCGCCUCUUCGGGUCGCUGUUAAGAAUAGGACGCGAGUUCGCCGCGACGCGCCUUAGAUGGCCUACUAACAAGGACCCGCCUACGAUCCCCUCGCUAGCGCAGCUCCCCCCAGAACCCGACCCGCGCAUCGAUAACUAUGACUUGGAAGGGGAUGCGAUCGAUGCGGCCAGUCUCAAGCUGCCACGUGGCCCGCCGGAGCUGUCGGAUCCGGAGCUCCGGGUGAGGCUCGGCAGCGUCGCCCGAAGUAAGGAGUCGUGGCUCGGCAGAGCGAUGGACAUGGACGAGGCGUGGGCGGCGUGGGAUAAGGCCGUGGGAUGCGCCGCGUUCCGAUCCAAGCACGCAGAUUUGAUUGCCGAGUACCAGAAUGCCACGUGGCCCGAGAGCAGCAGCUUCCAGGAUGCGUCCUCUCCACCGUGUUCGGCUCUCAGGCUGCCUCAUGUCACGAUUCAGGUGGUUUCCUCGCCCUCCGUGCCUGACUGGCUGGACGGGCUCUUCGCCUGCCCGUGCCGCCUCUCCUGCUCCUUCUCCCGCAGCGCCGCCCUCGCCGCCUCCCCGCACGCGCUGCUCUACGAGGGCGAGUUGCCCCGAAAUAUGAGCAACCAGCAGCGCGACAAGGAGGAGGGAGGUCGGCCCCUUGUUGUGCGCAUGGACAUGGAGGGACAUGUGGCCACGGACGCACCGCCACAGCAUGCUCAUGCUCAUGCUCAUGCUCAUGCUCAUGGUGCUGCUGAUGGUGCUGCUGAUGGUGCUGCUGAUGGUGCUGCUGAUGGGGCUGCUGAUGGUGGUGGUGCUGGUGAUAAUGGUGGUAGUGGCAGCAGCAGUGGUGGUGCGGAUGUGACAGUAGGGUAUGGCCCGGAUGCGGAUGUGCAGGUGACGUACGCGGGGCAGCUGGAGCAUGCUGACCGCAACCGACACGUGUCUGGGGUCAAGAGGAAGGGUCCUCCUCUCAUCCACGCUGCAUCUCGGCCGUCCUCCUGGCGCGAGCGCAUUGGAGCGGUGGUGCGGCGCAUGGCGCACAGCAUUGGCAGCCGCACCAACAACAUGAAGGAGGAUGACGCCGAUGUGCUCGCUACAUACACCAUGUGCCGGUAUGCAGGCAUGCACGGUCAGAGGGUGGACUCGGACGCAACAGCAGAAGCAAUGCGAGUGGUGGAGGAACGAGGAGGAGGAGGAGGAGGAGGAGGAGGAGGAGGGAGGAGGAGGAGGAGGAGGAGGAGGAGGAGGGAGGAGGAGGAGGAGGAGGAGGAGGGGAGGGGGGUGGGGGAAGGGGGGAGAGGGGAGGAGGCAGCAGAGUGGACUGAACAAGCUGAAGAGCGCCCAAGGCGGCCAAUGAGCAUGCGAGAGAUACGCCUUGGAGGGAUACGCCUUGGAGGGAUACGCUUUGGUGGGGGGGGUGUGUGGGGGCGGAGUGAGGAGAGCUGGGAGGAGGAGGAGGACGCAGGGGGGGAUGCGCGGGGGGGGGCACAAGGACUGGUGGGACCACUUGCACUGCGUGCAGUCACACUACCUCUUCAACCUUGUUAUAGAGUCACGCGAGGAAGGGGCUUCGUGACAGAGAAGUUCUUCCAUGCGCUGGACGCAGGCACCGUGCCAGUGUACUAUGGAGCACCUGACAUUGACAGCUUUGCUCCCCCGGACUCGUUUCUGAAUGCGGAUUUGGUGCAUCGGGACGAGUUAAGGCGCACCAUAGCCUCAGUUGCUGAGGACCCGGUGAAAUACGCCAACUUCCACGCCUGGCGCAGGUGUGGAGUAUUGGGUCAUUACCAGCGUGCGCUUAGUCUCAGCAUCGACUCAUUUCCUUGCAGAUUGUGCGCGCAUAUAAGCAGCAGAAGUGUCGGCAUUUCCUCUUAAAAUUGUAAUUGUAUGUUGUAGUGUUGCUGAUGUCAUCCAGCGGUGUAGGAUUGUAAUGUAAUGCGUGCAAGACGUUGC